UUAUGAUUUUAGGCUACUGGGUCUGUGCAACAACUUCGGAUUUGUCAUCAUGUUAAGUGCUGCUUAUGACAUACUAGCCGAGCAGGAAAGUCCAGAGCCUCAGCCGAUGCAGAAUGUAACAACCUCGGUGCCAGAUACUACCACCGUACUGCCACCUCACACAAGGAAAUGCAACCAGCUAUCAACAGGGGCAAUCUUGCUUGCUGACAUCUUGCCUUCCCUCAUUGUGAAGAUGACGGCUGCAUUAUGGGUGCACCGAGUUACACACAGGAUUAGAGUACCCAUAGCCAUAUUAUUCGCCACUGCCAGCUUCAUAAUAGUUGCCUGUUCAGUAGGGAUCUGGAUGAGUUUAUUAGGUGUGGCCUGUGCAAGCUUUAGCUCUGGUCUGGGAGAGCUCACAUUUCUUGGACUCACUGCUUUCUACCACAAAAACACGGUGUCGUCGUGGUCGUCGGGCACCGGUGGAGCGGGGCUGUUCGGUGCUCUCUCCUACGCCGGUCUCACAGCUACCGGAUUGUCGCCACAACACAGCAUCCUCGUUAUGCUGGUUGUGCCGGCAGUGAUGACUCUCAGUUACUACGUGAUACUCGAUCAUGUGACGUCUCCCCCGUCGCCAUGCUGCGUUAAGGCAGGUGAUACGACUCCGUUGAUAGAACAGCCGCCCAAUACCUCGCCAGAAGAUGAUGAGGAUUGUGUGGCAGAGCAUGAAGAGGGUGCAGUACAGGCUGGAAAAGUCCAUGUUAAGCUGAUGUGUCUACAAGAAAGAUUAAAGCUCAUACUACCACUGCUCAAGUAUAUGGUGCCAUUGUUUGGAGUCUACGUUGCUGAAUACUACAUCAAUCAAGCUCUGUUCGAACUAAUUUACUUUGAGCACAUCUGGCUAACAUUAGCGGAACAAUACCGAUGGUAUCAGGUGGACUAUCAGAUGGGUGUCUUCAUUUCUCGAUCCUCCGUUAAUGUCUACCACACGAAGAGAAUCUGGGUUUUUCCGUUGCUGCAGGUGGCAAAUGCUGUAUUUUUCACAGUGGAAGCGUACUUCCUCUUUGUUCCACACAUCUCAAUCAUUCUGAUCGUCGUCCUCUUUGAGGGAUUAAUGGGUGGCGGCGCCUAUGUCAACUGUUUCUAUGCCAUCAGAGAAGAGGUGGCGCCAGAGGUUAGGGAAUUUAGUCUCGCAGUGGCCAGUGUAUCAGACUCUACUGGAACGUGCCUUGCUGGAUUCCUGUCCAUCCCCGUGCACAACUACAUCUGUAGUCUACCGAUACCAGGUUGAGAAGUCAGUAUUCAUGAUUCUUUUAAUAUAUAUAUAUAUAAUGUAUAUUCUGGAACAAGAAAAUCGAUCAUCGAUGUUGUAAAGACAAUUCUAAAAAUGCUGCUAAAUAAUUAAGUGCCAUAAAAUUAAUAAUUUUCAUGCACGUGUGAAAAAUGUGUCUGAAACUGGUCUAGCUUGACCAAUAAUGUCUAACUGGGUGGCAUCUCCAUUGAUCAGAUUGCAAGGCUACAUUGAAGGUAUGGUCUUGUUGGGUGCUGUCUUGUUGAAUAUCAUGUAAAUUCGUGUUAACAAUCAUCUUACACCACCAUUUAUAAAUGAGGGUGAUCUGUUCUAUCAUGAACACAUCUAUAUAACUGUAUAGACCUGUACUUACGCUCAUAGGGUCUAUGCACCCCAGGGUACUGCCAGAACGUAGCCUGGGUACGGUCAGGUAUACUGGAAC